AUGCAGGUGCUUCCAUUCGACGUCGUAGCAUGCAGCUCAUAUGAGGAUCAAUAUCCACCUCAUCAGCUACUAGUCACUCAUCAAAACAGUGUUAAUGCAGGCUGGGCUACCCAGAGAUUCUCUCAUUUUCCUCAAGUGCUUGUCAUCAAAUUAUCUGCAAACUGUCGAAUACGGAAGCUUCAAUUGCUGGUGCACCAUUACAAGAUUCCAACAAAGAUGGAGAUCCAUGUUGCCAAAACCUCGUCUCUGGGUCAGAAACCAUCAGCUAACCUUUUACUGAAUGGUGAUACUGACGAAGAUGACGGUUUCGAGGAUUCGUACUUGUCGAAUGGACAUCGGCAGAGAUCUACUCGGAAAGUGGAGUUUGUUCGACUAGGAUACGUGGUGCUUAAUGAUAACGCCAAAAUGGGGUAUCGAGCUAGAGAGCUCAAGUCAAUUUAUUUGGACGUUGAGGGCGACUAUGUUAAGAUACUGCUGCACAAGCCCUACGUUAAUCAAUUGAACCUCUACAACCAAGUGGCUCUGAUCGCUGUCAAUGUGCUCGGUCAGAUACGUGAUUCAGCAUAUUACGCACAAUCGAUACCUACCGCCCAUGCACUAUUUGGAGAGGAAGGACUGGAUCCACCUCAAUCAAAUGCUAUGGGUGCUCUAUGGGGAUUAGUGCACAAGACCGCAACAGAUCAGAAAGUUGGGCUUUCAGACGAUUUGGCUUUUCGAAUGGCUCGAGAUAAAGAGACUAUGGAAUUGGUUGAGGCUAUACAACUUGCUAAACAUCAGGCCGUACUAGAUGAAGAUUUUUUGCUGGCGAAAUCUCUGAAACAUGCGCGUGAUGCUGCUACUCUGACUGGAGAAGAUAUUGCUCUAUUGGAGAAGGAUUUGCAGGAUGCAAUAUCUGCAGAAGAUUACGAGCAAGCACAGUCUAUUAGAAACGAAGUGGAGAGCCAUUUACAAGAUUUGAGAUCAAAACUAGACGUUCUUGGUCUAGAGUGGACGGCUGAUGGCGACGUUAUCCGCAAACGAGCGCACCUUGUCAAGAAUAUUGAAGAAUCACUACCAGAACCACCGCCGCCAGUCUUAAUACCCGAUGAGCAAUCACCACCAAUUCGUAGUCUUACAGAGCAGAGGCGCAUGUCGCAGUUUAUGGGCUCCGAACCUGCUCUCUCCCCCAAAUCGAAAUCCAUCGAUGCAGGGCCUGUACAUGUACCAAGUAAACACAAGGAGCUAGAGAAAGAGAAGGAGCGAGAGCCAGAAACUGCUCCAGAAGACGAAGAGACUCGUCCAGAAUAUCAGAAGCCACCUACAUCAACCGAGCAACUCGCAAGGACGCCACCACCAGGAUCGCCAACAUCACCACAAGCACAUCGAAUGGAAGCGAAAGCUCCAGCUGCUGUCAAGUCACCAAAAGCAACCACGAUGUCACGAGCAUCAUCAGGUUCCGAAAUGCCGAAAUCGAAAUCUAAACAGGCCGACGAUGGACUAACUGAUGAUCAGAGUCGUGAUUGGGAAUCAUGUAUUCAAGUAUUUGGGCAACCCAGUAUAGCCAAGUUUUUGUCGAAAGAGUCGGGAUCUAGGGAACAAGGAUUGAAGGACAUGGCACGGCAUAUAGCUCAAAUUGCUCCCAUUGGUGGAAAAUCGGGUAGCACCGUAUCAGAGUCGGUUGUCAGAGCUGGAUAUCAAGUUUCGACAAAGGCUUUCACGUAUACGAGUGAAAAGUGUUUGUGUCUCGCAUUGGAUUUUGAAAGAGCUGUUCAGAGGCUCUCUGCAUCCGCAAACUUGAGUGCUUCUACUGUUAGUGGUCACCUCGAGGAAAUCACUCCUGUGAUAUUGGCUCUUGUGGCCCAUUCGAAUACACGAGUUAAACAGGCAGCAGUUGACGUGAUUGUAGAACUAGGAAGUAGUUCCCCAUCCCUAGUCCUCCCUAUCCUAACGCAACCAUUCCCGACAAAGAAACCCCCAUUACCCAAAGUGGCUAUCGGCAGACUCGAAGUCAUUUCGAGACUCCUGGACGAAUACGGCCUAGAUAAUCGAGGUAGUCUCAAUGCUGAAUCUGUCAUGGCUUUAGCAGGCCCACUACUACAAAGUUCCGCCCACGAAGUCCGAGAAGCAUCUGUUGUCGUGACUGCCAAAAUUGCUGUCAAAGGAUCACGAGGUGUCAUUGAUCCAUACCUCAAGCCUCUGAGGCCUCAACAAGUCCAGAAUGUUGAGGAUGCUAUUACGAAAGCCAAUGGACAUGAUGUUAAGCCAAAGGCUAAGAAUGCUAGACAGCCCGUAGUUCCAAAGUCGUCUGAUGAGCCACAGCCGACCAAGGCCCAAGCUGCUAAGAUUCAGAAACUGCAGAGUCAAUUACAAGAGCUUCGGAAACUUACGUCAGAGCGUACUGAUGUUGGUGACCAUGCAUCACCAAAGUCUAAGGGAAUGACAUCAGACGAUGAGGAGGAGCCACACGAGGAAGCGACAAAAAAGAGAUUCUUUGGAUUGAAUUUCGGUCGGAAGUCUCAAGCUUCAAUUGAUCCACACAGAGCAGAGGGAGAAGUUGAUGACGCUGUUGCAACUGCUGCUGCCAAGAAAGGGAGCAAGCCAAACAAGGCAUUUAAAACACCAGAUGCAGCUCCCAUGCAGAAGAAUUCGGAAGUGCACAACAACAAUGAUUGGAACUUUGACCGACGCUGCAUUUUCUGUGAUGAGCAGAACGACUCUUUUACGGUAUUUGGACAAGUUGUGUUUGAUGGCGAUCAGAAUCGUGUGCUCAUUCUGCUUCAAAUCAUUCAGGAAGAGAAUCUGGACUCUCAUUACCUCAAGGACUGCAAAAUGCUGACCAUUUGCGUCUUGUGCAAGAAGACCGUUGAGAUAUCUACACUUUCUGAGCACAUGUUCUCAGAAUGUGAUUUGAAAAAAACGGUCAAGAAGUGUCCGAGAUGUCAUGAAGCGGUAUUGGAAAAAGAGUAUCUGUCGCAUGUUGCUAAGCGGGAAUGUAGAGCGCAUUCCAAAGAUAGAGAAAUCGCUCGGUGUCCAUUAUGUCAUGAAGACAUACCUGCCUCGGAUUCGGGAUGGAGAGAUCACUUACUCAAAGAAGGAUGUCGUGGAUCUACUCGUGAUUCCGACAGACGAAAAUCACGAUCCAAAGAACCAUCACAACAACCCCCAUCACCGGAACGUGAGCCGAAUAAAAAGUCUGCUGUUGUGAAAAAGACUGCCACUGGUGCUGCUGCUAAGCGAAGCGGUAGCCAUGAAAGGACUAAAUAA